AUUUCUAGAACCCUUUUCUUGUCAGGAACCACACACAUCAUAUGGGCAGAUCUACUACAGACGGUCUCUCAAGUACGUGAAAUAUCAUUUGCUGCCAAUGCCCUCGCGGACCUAGUGUCGUCAUACGAGUCACGUGGUGGACACGUGUCUCACAUUCUCUGUGGGGACUUCAAUAUUGAGCCCCAUUUUCCCGCCUAUCAGCUUUUAAAGGAAGGGAGACUGAGUGUAAGGGAGAUGGAGGCACUGAAAAGUGUGGAGUACAUCCGAUGGGCUCCUGAUAUUGAACAGCCAUCACAGGUGAAAGAAGUCUGCGACACAGCCGUUUUUAGUGUCGUCACGCAACUCUCUUGUGGGGAGAAGCGUUGCGUGACGACACUAAAAACGGCUGUGGAGCAGACUAAGGUAAAAGAUGAGAAAGGUUAAACUUGUUGGUACAAUAUCAUGGCUAACAAACUGAUAAAAAAAAGAAAAGCUUUAACAAUUCCUAAUGGCCAACAAUCAUCCAAAUCCGAGUAUGUUUGCACGCUUGUGUUCAGGGCUAGCUAACAAUACCCUUAACCUACGCAUCUGUUUGGUCCCACAGAUUGAACCUGCGACCUGGACUGAAAUGUUUAAAGAGUGAACAGGUUAUCACUGGUUAUUAACAAUUUGAUAUUCUCUGACUACUACUUAAAGGUUCAGGGCUCCUCCUGUUUACGACGUGCCACCACUGCUUUCCUGUCCAACAGGUUGAAACGCAAAUAAAAUGGUAACUUUUGUCCAGAAAUUCCCAGCUUAUAAAGUUUCUCAAUUUUCUUUUUUUCUUUGCAGCUCUUGCCUGAUCAAAUGUCUCUUUUAAACAAAGCCCAAGCAAAUUUUCACCAUCCCCUUAAGAAUCUUCAAAGUGCCUACAAGACCAUUCUGGUAAGAUACAUCAAGCAAAACUAUUUCUGUUAAGCCAAAUUUAUACAUUUAUUGACGGCUUUUUGUAUCAUAAUGAGGGGGUAUCAUGAAGACGCCAAGGGAUCGGCGAAUUUUGAAAAUAUAUUGAUUUAGAGUGAAAUUUUCGAGGCGGAAACCCUAUUCACCCCCGCCCAUCAUGAAAAGCAAAUUUUUGUUACGAAUACAAGAUUUAGGAAAGUACGAGUUUUAAACCAAUUUCGAACUUCUUAAAAAUGCUUAAUUGUUCCAAGACAUGUAUGCCUACGAAAGUAUCUUUAUGACUGUCAGUAACACUAAAGGAUGAGAGUGUCUGGGAGAAAUAACCGGCUUGAAAUAAUCGCACUCAUACUUGAUCUAGUACGAAUUACUUCAAUCUAAUAGUAAAGUCCUUAGAGCUAGGUUACAAAAUUUUAAACACUGACUUCAAGGUCGGCGAUUUAUAAAGAUCGGCGCCUUACGUGACAUUAUUUUUUAAAGUCAGAAUUACGAGCUGGCGAAGUAAUUAUUGAACACCAGCCUUGGUAUCCUGUUUUUUUUUUCCGUUGCGACAGGAACGGUUAAAGAAUUCCUGCCCGCUGGAUUCCCUAUGGCAUGUGCGCUACUUUUUUGUAACAUUUUCUUAAUUUUCAGGGCAACGAGCCGCAGUUCACAAAUCAUGAAGGAUCAGGCCGCGUUUGGACUUUAGAUUUCAUCUGGUUUAAUUGUGCGAGUCUCAAAGUGACAGCUGCCGUAGAGACGGUAUCCAAGGAAGCGAUAGAACCAUACGAGGGCUUGCCAAACCAGUUUUUCUCGUCCGAUCAUUUGCCGCUGAAGGCACAUUUUAAGUUCGCUGCGUCGCAAUGA